CAUUAAAGGUGAGAACUGUCGGGGAAACGUUCUCCUUUUGACUUUGCUGCAGCAGCAGGACUUUUAAUGUUUUUGCAGUGAGGAGCAGCAGGAGGAGGAGAAGCACAGGUAUUGCCCUCUGGGUUUGGCGGAGAAGGGGCGGAACUUUUAGGACUGCAUGGCAACAGCAGCCUGACUGAGGCGGUGACGCGACCGGCUGCUGGCCUCAGUCGGCUCCAGACGGCAGCAGGAGUCAUGCUGAGCCUCCUCAGACUGCAGCGAGUCUUCACCAUCAAUCAGGUGCCCAAAGUGUUCCAUGAGGACAGCAUCAUCUCCGGGUACCGUCAUCCCUGCAGCUCCGCCACCGACUGCGUCCUGAGUCUCUUCCAGCUCACCAAUGAGACGCUCAACAUCUGGACUCACUUUUUGCCCACCUGGUACUUCCUGUGGAAGCUGGUGUCGGUGGUGCUGAUGCAGGCGGCGUGGCAGGACUCCUUCACGUGGCCUCUGCUCGUCUUCCUUCUGUCCUGUUGCAUUUAUCCGCUGGCAUCCAGCUGUGCCCACACCUUUAGCACCAUGUCAGUCCGGGCGCGCCACAUCUGCUUCUUCUUUGACUACGGCGCCCUCAGUUUCUACAGCCUGGGAUCUGCAGUUUCCUAUUCAGCGUACAUUUUUCCCGACCGGUGGCUGAACAGUUUCUUUCACCGCUGCUUCGUCCCCGUUGCUGUGUUCAACGCCAUCAUCUGCACUGGGCUGGCAUGCUACACCAGGCUUGGAUUGCCAUUUCUACAUUAUCAUCAUGACAGCAUAAAGAGAUUCCCAGAGUUAAAGAGGCCAAAGUUCAGUAAAAGUCUGCGUGUUUUUGCCUUCGCCUACCCGUACCUGUUUGACAGCAUUCCUCUGUUCUUCAGGGUGUUCUUGUGUGUCGGAGAAGGUUGCACAGAAAAUGACGCCAACAUCCUCCACUACUACCACAUUGCUUUGGCUUUCCUCACCGGCUUCCUGUUUGCCACACAUUUACCAGAGCGUCUGGCACCGGGCAGCUUUGACUACAUCGGUCACAGUCACCAGCUCUUCCACGUGUGCAGCAUCCUCAGCACUCAUCUCCAGAUGAAGGCCCUUGAGCAGGACAUGGAGUCACGCAGCCUCUGGCUCCUUCAGCAUGCUGAGCCCGUCACGUUCACCAGCUCGGCGGGCGUGGCGGCGCUUUGUGUGCUGCUGAAUCUGAGCAUCAUCGCAGUCUACUGUCUACCUCUCCUCUCAUCCUCUGUCUGCCAAGACAGAAACAUGGAAAAGGCCCAACGACCUGGUGGACAAAGUGCUCGCUGAUAAAACGCUAAGAACAGCGUUGAUGAAAAGCAAAACACUCCUCCCGAACUCACAGAAAGUGAGGACAUUUUAAAUGAACUGGAACCUCGAGAUGUUUGGGGCCUUCAGACGACAAUAACCACUUCUACUGGUCAGAAAAAACACAUUCCAGGGAGAAAUCCAGCCGUACGUCUCUGCUGUGGGAGAAGGUCCAGGUGUGAUUAUGAAGGAAACGUUUGUUACCGUUAACAACAUCAAUGUUUCUCAGGAAACAUGUUUUUGGAAAAAGCUGCAACUCGGCUUCGUGGUGAUGAUGUGGAGUAAAUAUUUCUAAAGUCCUCUGUGGUUUCUGUCAGCUGGUGGCAGUAACCAGGUGUCCACAACAAAGACUCAACACCACCUGACAAUAGCUCCCCCUGGUGGCUGAUGAUCCAUCCAUUUACUAGACUAGUUUAGGGUCACAGGCUGGAGCCUAUCCCAGCAGUCACAGGGCCGGAGGUGGGUUCACCCUGGACAGGACGCCAGUCUGUCACAGGGUCACAUAGAGAUAAACAAACACAUUCACACUUACG